CAAACGGCCAUUAAAAAGAUUCGACUCAAAAGCGAUUCGUUCACGAAUCGGACAUCGCUAAUCAAGGGAGAUCCGUCGCCAACAACAACACCAUUUCAGUGCGGUAAACCAACCAUGGGGACCCGUGACGACGAAUACGAUUAUUUGUUUAAAGUCGUACUCAUUGGAGACUCUGGUGUGGGGAAGAGUAACCUGUUGUCCCGUUUCACUCGGAAUGAGUUCAACUUGGAGAGCAAGAGCACCAUUGGUGUGGAAUUCGCAACCCGCAGUAUCCAGGUGGACGGCAAGACCAUAAAGGCUCAGAUCUGGGAUACAGCAGGACAGGAGCGUUACAGAGCCAUCACAUCAGCGUACUACCGGGGUGCAGUUGGAGCUCUUCUGGUCUAUGACAUCGCAAAGCAUCUGACUUACGAAAAUGUGGAGCGCUGGCUAAAGGAGCUGCGGGAUCACGCGGAUAACAACAUUGUCAUCAUGCUGGUGGGCAACAAGAGCGAUUUGAGGCACCUGAGGGCCGUGCCCACCGACGAGGCCAGAGCUUUUGCGGAAAAGAACAAUCUCUCCUUCAUCGAAACAUCGGCUUUGGACUCCACAAAUGUGGAGGAGGCGUUUAAAAACAUACUAACAGAAAUCUAUCGGAUCGUGUCACAGAAGCAGAUCGCCGACAGGUCCAUGCAUGACGAGUCUCCUGGGAACAACGUAGUGGACAUCAGUGUGCCGCCCACUACUGAUGGGUUAAAGGGCAACAAAUUUCAGUGCUGUCAGAACCUGUGACCCCACUUCCCCCGGCUCCACCCCGAACCCUUGAGCUUCAGUUCCCCUCUAUUUAUCUCGGCUUUGCUCCUGUGUGUUGUGCUAUGGCUACGGCUCUUUCCUCUUUUUACCUUGUUGUGAUUUCCGCGCAAAUUCUAGAUGUCCCUUAGAUGCGUGAAUCUCUAGGUAACAUUCCUUGUCCUUUUUUGGGGGGGUUCUCGUUUGUUUGUCCCUGUUUUUUCCUUUUCUUUAUUAUUAUUAUUAUUAUUAUCCACACUCUGAAUUCAUGUUUGCUCGGCAAAAAAUGUUUUUCCUCGGAAGUGAUUAUUCGGGCGCUGAUCGUGUGAUCCGCUCCUACGGAAAAGGGAUGGUGAGGGAUCAGUGUGUCUUCGGCUUUUAGUCACUCUGAUGGGUAUCUCUGGGAUCCACACUAAACAGAAACCGAUGUCUGACUUGAGCUUAAAUCGGCGAGUUCUUUGAAAAAUAAAAAUGCGAAUUCGUCUUGUCUGGAUCGCGGGGAUCCCAAAGGAGGGCUGCUGUCAUCUUUAUUUCAAUUCUUUAACAUUUUCAAGCAUCACACCCUUAGUCCUAUUUUGCAAUGUUUUACGCCAGGGCUGAUGGGUGUGAAUCAGUGCAAUUUGAUUGAUGCGUUCAGAUUGCCGUAUAUAUAGCAGUAAUGUGAAUGUGUCUACUAAGCAUUUCAUGAGAAAUUAUUCAAAUAACAGUUAUAUAUAUAUAUAUAUAUAUAUAUAUAUAACUAUUCAUUGCAUUGCUGACGCUGAGGUAUUGUAUCUCUUCUGUGGGAAAAUGCAAUGUUCCGCAGUGUUUUAGAUGGUCAGUUGUUUCACCGGUCUGUGAAAACGUCACUAUAUAUUUGACUGUUUGACUUUAAGUGAUAUGGCUAUUUUGGAAAUGCCUUAUGUUUUCCCAUACUGUGAUUAAGAUGCCUUUUUCAAGUGUGGUUAUGUGACAUUUACACAUUCAUGAAGUCACAGCAGCUGUGUUGCCUUUUAUCAGGUUACAUAAAAAUGGAAAAUAAACCAAAUUAAUGUCACAAUUGCAAUCAUGAUUUUUUUUUUUUUGACUCCAUAUUGCACAACACGCCUGUCACAGCAUGAUGUCUGAAUUAGUACUUAAAAAGUGUUACAGUAUAUGCACUGUUGUUGGCUUGACUCAUGGGUCUAUUAAUGGUUAGGUACAAAUGAGAAACGGUCUAAAAACGCUUUAUUAUUCAUGGAAGGCGAGUCAUUGGUGAUUUCGACUUUGUGAAGAAUCCACGCACUGACUGAACGUGUAAAGUGCAUACGCAUGAUGUCACCGUUUUUACAAAUUCGUGUUUUUACUAUUAGGUGCCGCGUAAACGGCCUAUUAGUUUCCAUGUCACAAGAAAUACACCAGGUUAAAUACAAAGACCUCAGACUUGUUCGUUAUCAUGAACUAAGGGGCUGUUUACAUUUCAACUAAAACCGUGAAACUUUUAUGCGUUUCAGCUAUAUCUAUUUACACGACAACAGUGUUUUGGGGGCCUGCCUGAAAAUACAAACUUUUCAAAACGGGUUUCAAAGGAUAUGUUUUUGAAAACGUAAACUACAAAAACGUGUAUUUGUGUUUAAUGGUAACGUCAUGCGCAUGUAUAUUACGUGUUCAAGCUAUAGACAUCAGGGCAGCAAAUAUGUGACUUUAAUUUCUCCUUAAAACAUUUUAUUUUAUUUUUUUUGUAUUUAAAGUGUGUAGUUUUCUCUGUUGUCAUGUUUGCCUGUAAAGCGCUUUGAGAAAGCAAUUUUUAAAGGCGCUAUAUAAAAUAAAUGUAUUAUUAUUA